AUGCCAUUCGAGAAAGAGCUCUUCGUUGCUACACAAGCGGUGCGCAAAGCCGCACUACUAACUAAGCGGAUUCAGGCGCAAGUGAUCGCAGACAGGAAAUCGACUAUCACCAAGACCGACAGCUCGCCUGUGACAGUAGGGGACUACUCGGCACAAGCCAUCAUCAUCAAUGCGAUCAAGGCCAAUUUCCCCGAAGAUGAGAUCGUGGGCGAAGAAGAAUCCAAGGGCCUGAACGACGAGUUCGUCGGGCAAAUUUUGCGUGAGAUCGAAGCAACAGAAGCUCCUUUCAAGGAGCUGUUCGGCGAAUACGACUCGGUACGUGCAGGAAUGCAAUUCCGGAGCCGCGAGUAUCCGCUCACGUCGCUGGCAGACGUACGCCGCGUGAUCGAUCUGGGCAGCAGCGAAGGUGGUCGUAAAACCCGUUUUUGGUGCCUGGACCCUAUCGACGGCACAAAGGGUUUCUUGCGUGGAGAGCAGUAUGCUGUAUGUCUUGCGCUUGUCGUGGGCGGGGUCGUGCAGCUCGGCUGCAUCGCAUGCCCCAACCUGGAGCUCGCCAACUAUGGUGGGAAGGAUUCCGAUCCAGAAGCCGCGCACCGCUUAGGAUAUGUUUUCCGCGCUGUACGUGGACACGGGGCCUUCUUCGCGCCAACAGCUGUGGACUUUUCCUGGCAUCCGCUGCCAGUUCGGUCGCUUUCCUCAACGCGCGACAUGGUUUCACUCGAAGGCGUCGAAAAGGGCCACUCCGCUCACUCUGCUCAGGACGCCGUAAAAGAGGAGCUGGGAAUCUCUCGCGCGCUGCACCUUGACUCUCAAGUGAAGUACUGCUUGCUCGCACUCGGCCUUGGCGACGUCUACCUGCGCCUUCCUAUCAGCUUGUCUUAUCGCGAAAAGAUUUGGGAUCACGCUGCUGGCAACGCUCUAGUCGCCGAAACUGGCGGCCAGCAUACAGACAGCAUCGAAGGCGUUCCGCUGGAUUUCGGCAACGGCAGAACUCUGGCUACUAAGGGUGUCAUCGCCUCCAGUGGCACCAAGCUUGUCCAUCAGAUGAUCGUCGACUCAUCGUCAAAAGCGAUCAAUAAGUAG